UUGGAGCCUAUUAAAAUUAAAACGACACCGUUGUAGCCCAUCGUCUUUAAUCUCGCUUUGCUUCUCACACCGCAGCCAUUGGAAGUAGGUUGCAAGUUGCUAAACAAGAUUUAUACAUACCAGAACAAGCUUGAAAGGUUUAGAAAAAGAUCAUGGCUGGAUUUUUAAGCUUUAAUAACCUCGCACCAAAGACCAAAAAUAUAGUUGUUGCUGGAGGACUGACAUCCUUUGUCUUCGGGGUGUACUUCUACACCAUGAGAGCUGUUGGAGGUACAGAUGAACUUCAGGUUGCUAUCGAUAAGUUUGAAGCAGAGAAAGGCAAAAGUGAAACUGAAGUAAAGGUCUGACAUCCUUGCCACUCUACCGAAGAAAAAAGAUAUGUUUGCGAGUAGUUUUGUGUAACGGCAAGGAGAUUGUAACUCAACCCUGCAAAGUUUGAAUAAAUUGCCAAAUACGCAGUUGCAACUUGUGAUUAUUUAGCAAUUAGCAUGGACGCAAGUAUAAUGUUUGAAUGGUAUAAACUGAGUUUUGUUGGGAAAGAACUUAUAUAUUAAGCCAGUUAUAAUUUUCUUGGGUA